AUAUUCGUGUACAUGUGCUCACUUUCACAUUUACGUACACAUCAUUAUAUAUGUUAACAUCGAUGCAACCAACUGGAAUACACGGGUAAAACGUUUCAAAGCUAAAGAAAUGAUAGAGCAGGGAUUAUAAGACAACAUUUUAACAGACAACCGAGGUUCAAGCACUUACUUUUACAAUGGACCUGUUUACAGCCGUGGAGGCUUUCACACAGGUGAUAACUUAUGUGAUGAUAGUAGCUGGCAUACCGCCAUGUAUACGGAUGUUACGUACUAAAAUAACAACAGGUGUUCCGUACCCAUUUUUCCUUGCAGGUUGUGUCAACUCUGUGAUGGCGGUGGGGUAUGGUACAUUGACGGAAAAUAAAACAGUUGUACAAAUCAACGUGUUUGCCACCGCUUGUAACAUUUUCUGUAUAGUCUCAUUUAUAUAUUCUUCUCAACAAAAGAGUGUCCCAGCAAAGCAGUUGUUGGGUUGUACUUGUUUUCUAGUCGGGGCAUAUUUCUAUAUUACAAAGGUAGAGAAUCCGGCCUAUGUGAUGGAUACAAUAGGGUCAAUUAUGUUAUUCUGUUCUACAGUACUUCUUCUUACACCAUUACUACCAGUGAAACAAUGUAUACAGAACAAGAACGCUGACAGUUUGACUUUGACAAUGAUGAUACCUGGAACGCUGUGUAGUGGCGCAUGGGCAACAUACGGGUUUCUUCUCAAAGAUUUCUAUAUUUAUGGCCCAAACAUUCUUGGCGUGUCAUCAUACGUCUGUCAGGCUAUUGCUAUGCUGGUCUAUGGCGGUGGCAAAAAGAAAACUCAACACUUGGAAUGAAGUCAGUGUUAGCGAAACGUCCUGCUGUGAAAGCCGUAGAAUCUUUAUAGCUUGAUUUUUUAACUCUCGGUUACGAAGUGCUUCCGAAAUCCACUGUUACUUUGACACUGCCUUGCCUGAUAAUAAAACAUAUACAUAUAUAUGCA